ACCUCAGGUAAUUACAGUAAUUCAGUUCACCUGAUGGCCUGGACACAAAGAACCUGCUACCAGAAUUAGCUGCAGUCUCCCAAUGCUUCCAGCCUCACUGUUGUUUCUGUUUUGCCUUUUGGUGGUCUAAAAGUCUCCAGUUUUUAUUGAAGCAUACCUGUAGCUUCCCAUGUGACAGUUACAUUUGAAGACAGUUUGUCAUGUGGAACCAAGCUUGCAGUCAGUCCCCUGAUGGGAUGACCAGCCGCAAAGCAGCAAAAUCAAAAACGUCAAGUCUUCAGAUUUUGCCCUGCACAGUGUCCCAGCUGCUGUCUGCCUCUCAAGUCAAAGACACCUUUGCAAUCUGCCACAUGGAGAUCAACCAGGUGUCUGUAGUGGGCAUCAUCAGAGGAUUGGCUCCCUUUGUGACAAACAUCCAGUACGCUGUGGAUGACAUGACUGGACCACCUUUAAAUGUGAAGCAGUGGGUUAACUCCGAGGACUGUGCUCCAAUGACAUUUGCUUCUCCUGGAACGUAUGUGAAGGUUAUUGGAAGUCUGCGCAAUUUCAGUGGUCAAAGGUCAUUGCUGGCAAUGAAUGUUCGCUGUAUCAACGACCUGAAUGAGAUCACAUCCCAUAUGUUGGAAGUGGUACAAGCCCAUAUGCAGCUUUUUGGAAAGGCAUUUGAUGUGAAUAUGAAUCCCAUUGCUGCUGGACAUAGUGCUGGUGGACAUCCUGAAAGCAUCUUCCCAAUUGGUUUGUCUUCUGUCCAGGGUCAGCUGUUGCAUGUAAUAAGGAGGUUCUCGGUCGGCGACAUUGGCAUCAGUUUCCCUGAGCUGAGGACACAGCUGGAGAACCUCAGCAUGAGAGACAUCAGAACGUCCUUGACGUUUCUGAUGAGAGAAGGCCACGUCUUCAAUACCAUUGAUGAGCAUCAUUUUAAGUCAACUCAGGAAUAGCAGGCUACCUGGAGGCUAGUGAAACCUCCAGACAUCACAGUCCUGGUGAUCAGGAUGUUCACACUACCUACAUUGUUAGAGGGAUGUAAAUCUUAUCAUUUUGGUUAAAUUAAGUUAGUUAUUAUUCCAUACUGUAGCUGGUGGCUUUGUCUGUCUGGGUGUAAAAAUGUAAAAUUCCUUUUUCGGACAGAUACUGUUAAAUGGUUUAUAGUGUGUUAUUGUUGCCUGUAUAGAAUGACUGCACUGAUUUAUUGCACAGGCUGCUUUACGUUUGAGCAUAUAUUUUUUUUUUUGGUUUUGAUGCCAUUUGUGUGCUAAAUUUGUGGGCACCCUGCAAAUGAUGUCAUGAUUGCGGUAUAUAAAGAAUCAAAUUUAAAA